AUACGUUAUGCUUUGUAGCUCUAUAUCUGCAAAUCAAAUGCCCCUUCGCUCUUUAUAAGCAUAUCAAAUACUUCAAUGCACUAAAGUGGAAAAUGAAUAACUUCACAGCACUGUAUCAGCAUUAUAAGAAGCUAAUAUCAUGCAAAAAAAAAUUAGCGUGAAUAAAUAAGUAAAUCGAUUUUUGCGUGUAGAGUUUGAUAGAAAAACAUUGUUUUGUUUACAUUUUCGUCGAUUUGAUCGGUCGGUCUCGGUUUUAAAUUUGUAUAUUUUCUUUCAAUCCAAAUGAAUCGCGGUAAUUGGAAAAAAAUUUUGAAAAGUGGAUCCUAUCGGAGACUGCUAAAUAAGUAUAAAAAUGGUGAUACCGAUACAAAAAAAUUCAAAAUUAGAUCCACAAUCGGGAUCAAAUCGGGAAAAUUGUGUGGCCGUAAAAAUCGUCUUGUCAAGAAACCAACGGAAACGGAUAGUUCGGAAGAUAGAUUGCUGCUGCCAGCAUUCCACGAAGACUCUUCAAAAAUAUGUGAAGUGAACACUGAAGAACUUUUUCGAAUGGAAGAGAACCGGCUUGAAGAAGAAAGCGAUUAUUACAGCCCGGACGAUGGUGAAUCAAGCGAGGAUGAAGACUCCACUUGCUCUGACACUUUGGUCGAAUUUCUUCGGAACUGGAGUAUCAAGUACAAUGUCCCGCAUCGAACUCUGAAGCCACUGCUAACCAGGCUCAACUCUCAAGACUUUUCCAUUCCAAAAGAUCCACGAAAACUUCUCUCGACGUCCAGAUUUGAAGCCGAUAUUUAUGAUAUUCAAGGAGGAAAGUACUGGCAUAACGGAAUAGGAGUUUGUUUGCAAUCAUCAUUCGGCAAUUUGAACAAAAAUCGAACUAUAGACAUCAAUGUCAAUAUCGAUGGAUUACCCUUAUAUAACAAUGGAACAGAGCAAGUAUGGCCAAUUCUGUUUAAUGUUGCCCAUCAUCCGGAAAUUUCACCUUUGGUCAUAGGAAUUUACGAAGGGAAAACAAAACCUGGCAAUAUAGAAGAGUUUUUAGAACCUUUUGUUGAAGAGGCGGUUCAAAUUUUGAAAAACGGAAUCAUCAUCAACAAUUUCCUCUUAGAGAUUCGGAUUCGAGCUUUUAUUUGCGAUUCUCCUGCUCGUGCGUUUGUUAAAGGUGUUGUCAACUUCAAUUCAAAGCAUGGAUGCUUGAAAUGUUGUACCAUCGGUGAAUAUUCCACUUCCAUGAGAACCAAUGUUUUCCCCCAAACAUUUGCACCACAACGCACAGAUAAGGAUUUCCGAGAUGGAUUGUACGAAGAGCAUUACCAAAAGAAACGAAUAGCAGGAAGCAAUCAAACAGUAAAAAUCUCCUCACCAAUUUUAAAAUUGCCUAUUGAUAUGAUCGAAGAUUUCAUCGUGGCUGAUUCGUUACACCUUUUGCAUUUAGGGGUAAUGAAAAAACUGCUUAAAAAUUACACGGUUGGUAAUAAUGGAAAAAGAUGGAAUUCCUACGAAAAAAGCAUGAUAUCAUCGAAGCUCAAUUGUAUCAGACUACCAAUCGAAAUACAUCGUGCAGUUCGCAGCAUAGAGACCCAAGCAACAUUUUAAACUCUGAAUGGUUUUAUAAGAAAAAAUAGUUGUUGUAUAAGGGAUUUAUAAAGUAUUGUUUGCUUUGUAACGUAAUUUAUAAGGAACUCUAUAUGAUUGCCCUUUAAGAUAGCUUAAAAACCACUAUAGAAUCUUUUUAUAGAACUCCUGUCAAAUUUUGUGUUGGUUUUAUAACCAUCAAUUUUUUUGGUUUAGAAGAGCGCUAAAAAGCAAUUAUUAAACCUCUCUAGAAAACCAACCUUAAAAAAAACAACAACAAAGAAUGUUUUAUAACCUUUAAUUUUUUUGGUUCAGUAGAGCACUAUAAAGCAAUUAUUAAACCUAUUUAGAAAACCAACAAAGAAUGACAGUCCAAAUCCGAUCGAAAUGUCAAAAUGUGUAUGUGUGGCACGUCUCAAAUGUUUACCACCAAAUGUAAUAUUUAAAUUUAGCAAUUUAUCUCCCAGGAGGAAGUGAGUUCGAGAGAUAAAAGAGAUCGGGACUUUUGUUGCAACAGAAAAUUGUAAUUAAUUAGACCAAAACAACUUUAUCGACUCGUUCCCAAAGUCUGCCGGAUGCAACUUCGUCUCCAACAACUCCACCGGGUGCCGUCAAUGCUCACCCUAAGAUAUUGAUCACUUUAUCAUUCGAGGCGGAUAAAUCAUGUUAUGAAGUGUUCAUUAGAGAUUUGUUCAUAUGAAAGUGUUCCCUUAGAGAUUUACCUUUCGACGUAUUCUUGAAAACAGCGCCGACACUACCCACCAAAAUCAUUCAAUUAUAUAUUCAGCAACAAAGAAGA